CCGCGAGACCGGCGGGGCCCCGGGCCGGCGCGAUGACCGCGGCGGCCCUCCUGUCGGUGGCGCGGGGCGGGGGGAGCCAGGCCCGCCGGCGAGCCCUGCUGGCCUCCCGCCCGCCGCCGGCCCCGGCCCCGGCCCCCCGCGCCCGCCGGGGCUCCGCGUCGCAGCGCCGCCCGGCCUCCCGGGCCCCGGACCCGCCUCCGGCCCGGCCCCCCGCCCGGCCCCCGGCCGCCUGGGACGCCUUCGGGGCCUGGGACAACCGGCUGGACGAGCCCAUCCUGCUGCCGCCCAGCAUCCGCUACGGCCGCCCCAUCCCCGGCCUCAGCCUGCGCAACGUGGGCUGCGCCAGCCGGAUCGGCAGGCGGCGGGAGAACGAGGACCGCUACGGACGGGCCCGCCUCGGCGACCGCCUCCUCUACUUCGCCGUCUACGACGGGCACGGGGGACCCGCCGCCGCCGACUUCUGCAACACCCACAUGGAGAAGCACAUCCUGGACUCCCUGGCUAAGGACGACGACCUGGAAGCGGUGCUGACCGGGGCGUUCCUGGACAUCGACCGAGCGUUUGCCCGGAGCGCUCGGCUGGCGGCGGACGGCGCCGGGCAGACGUCGGGCACGACGGCGACGGUGGCCCUGCUGCGGGACGGCAUCGAGCUGGUGGUGGGCAGCGUCGGGGACAGCCGCGCCCUCCUCUGCCGCGCCGGGAAGCCCCUCAAGCUGACCACCGACCACACCCCCGAGAGGAAGGACGAGAAGGCCAGGAUCAAGAGGAGCGGCGGGUUCGUGGCCUGGAACAGCCUGGGGCAGCCCCUGGUCAACGGCCGGCUGGCCAUGACCCGCAGCAUCGGCGACCUCGACCUCAAGGCCAGCGGGGUGAUCGCCGAGCCCGAGACCAAAAGGAUCAUGCUGAAUCACGGCGACGACGGGUUCCUGGUGCUGACCACCGACGGCGUCAACUUCACCGUCAACAGCCAGGAGAUCUGCGACUGCGUCGGCCAGGCCCCCGGCCCCGCCGACGCCGCCCGCGUCCUCGCCGACCAGGCGAUCCAGUUCGGCGCGGAGGACAACAGCACGGCCGUGGUGGUCCCCUUCGGGGCCUGGGGCAAGUACAAGGCCUCCGACGUGGGCUUCUCCUUCAGCCGCGGCCUCGCCUCCAGCGGACGCUGGGCCUGACGCCCCGGACCGCCCCCCGCCCCGAUAAAGGGGCCCGCCGGGCCCCGCGCCCGCCCCGGCCUCCUCCGCCUCUCCCUUCGCCCGCCCGGUCUCCGUCGGGUCGCGGGGUCCUCCCGGGGGCGG